CCCAGCCGCGCUCCGACACCGCAUCGCUGGUGCGGGCCGCGCGGCGGUAUUCACACACACCCACACUGGGAACUUAACAGAAAAUUCGCUAGCCGAACUGUAGCGCACCUACCGCGGCCCCAGUCGAUGCUGUAGCUGUGAUAUUUGUACAAAUCUGACCGAAGCCUGUCGGCCAUGCGGGCAAAGAACCCCCCAUCGGAGAGGACCGCGCCGCAGCCUCCCGUUCUUACGUCCCGCGAAAUUACUAGCAUACUAUUAUGAGAGACGUACAGAGCGUACCUGAUCCAUAUACAAAUAUGUUCGAUAUGUCAAUUCAAGAAGUGAACGGUAAAGGACCUAAAAAGAGGAAAAAGUCGUUAGAGCGUAUCUGUGAUAAUGAGGGGCGGGAACGUUCCAACUUAAAUGCGAGUGAAUCUGAAGUAAUCGAAGGAAAGAAUGGGGAAGUGGUGGAGAAGUCUGUCGGCGGCGGCAGCGGCGGUAGCAGCGGCGUCGAGUUGUUGCACUGGCGCGACAUGCCGCAGCACUUGCAGUUCAAUCCGUACGUGCUGACUGGCUACCGUCCGCUGCAGGGUUGGGGCGGAUGUGUCGCCAGCCUCUUCUACUUCCACAACGAGACCAUCAACAUACUUACACACGGCGUGUCACUAGUGUACAUGAUGGCCGUGCUGCCUGGCCUGCUGCCGUGGGGUGGUGGAGGUUCUUGGUUCCUGUCACUGUGUCACCUGCUGGGUGCAAUGGCGCCCUGGUGCGGCUCCUUCCUCUACCACUUGUUUAUGAAUCACGCGAGAGGUGAAGCGCUGUACCAUCGGUUGCUACAGCUCGAUAUGUUAGGCAUAUGGGUCAGCCAAAGCAUAGGAGCUAUCCCAAUGGUGACGGCCACGGUGUACUGUGCCCCAGCACUGUUGAGGUACACUGCUCUAGCGGUUUACUGCCUCGGCAGUCUCAUCGGCCUAUAUAAGGCAAUGCGGGCGUGGUCACCCUGGGAACGGCGGCUGUGCUUCGCGGCGCCCUUCUGCAUGCGGCUGCUGCUAGCUGGCGCCCGUGCGGCCCGUCUCGGAGGCGGUGACCCUCAUGCAAUACUGCACGUCUUCCUUCAGGACGCAGUGUCCUUGGGUGGUGGAGUGAUCGGUGCAAUGCACAUUCCGGAGAAGUGGUUCCCAGGCACCGUGGAUCGCUGCCUCAACUCGCACAACAUCAUGCACGUUCUGGUUGUGCUUGCUGUCUACUCCAUGCAUCAGGUUACAACUCUAGAUUUGGCGUGGAUGUCGAGCGUGGACUGCCGCGCACCGCUACGUCAGCUUUGACGGCGUCCAGCCCCACUUUAACAGCUGUUCACCCCCGCCUACGUACCUUCAGUAUUCAUCAACACCCCACAUCUAAUGCACUAAACACUCACCCAACUGUUAUUGUCAUUUCAAAACUGCAACAUUGCUAGUUAUGUCUAUAACGAAAUCUCUCUGUUAUAUAAAUGCAUGAUUUAUAAUAAUUGCACAUUAUACUUGAAAUAAUAAAUUCAUGAGAGUGAAACACAUAAAACACGAAAAGUUUUACUUUUGCCGGCACUGUUUAAA